CAUGGCCGCCAGGCUCGUCUUCGGAGCUUUCCGGAGAUGGGGCGGCUUGUGGGGCUUUUCGCUACGAGGUCCUACCACCUCUUGUGGCCUUUCUUUUCGAGGAUACGCUAAGAAGCCGGUUAUAAAAGGAGGCAAAGGCAAAGCUGUAUCUGCAGAAGCCCUGAAGGACCCAGAUGUAUGUAAGGACCCAGUCCUGCUUACCACACAUGCCAUGGGGGUCAACAUCUACAAACAGGGGCCUGAAGUGGCCCUGAAGCCUGACUCAGAAUAUCCUGACUGGCUCUUCGAGAUGAACCUGGGACCACCCAAGACACUGGAGGAGCUGGACCCUGAAAGCCAUGAGUACUGGCGGCUCCUUCGCAAACAGAACAUGUGGAGGCACAACAGGUUGCACAAGAACAAGAAACUGUGACAAAGGACUGCGAAGGCGGCGUCAUCCCUGUUUCUCUAGACAUGCUGUGAUGGGAAGUCCCCUGGGUAAUCAUCUCGGGUCCUCACUGACCAGGACCUCUUCCCAAGACAGCAUGGGAGGAGGAAGCCACAGAGAAAGGUUUUUCUCUCAAGAACUUUGCAUUUUUCUGGAAAAGAAGCAAGAAGUAGAGGGAAUAAUUCCGUCCCUUUUUUCCUUGGACCAUGAUUCUUCAAGCCCACCUCUCUUACGUUCUGACAUAUCCAGCAGCCUCUACUAUUAUGAGGCUAGCUGGCAGGAGCAAGGCAGGUGAAUAAAGCACUCCCAGGAGUUUCUUUGGGAGCAGAAUGACACCUGCUCACACCGUGUA